AUGGGCCAAAUAAUAAUAAUAAAAGAUAAUCUAAAAACCCUUAAGAAUUUGAAUGUCUUAUUUUUGACACUUUUCAAAAAAGAUAGUUAAAAAAGAAAUACUAAAUAAAAAUUAAUAAAGAAGACGAAAUCGUUUACCUUUAUAAUGGAUAAAUAGUUAGAUUGUAAAUAAUUCAACUAAAAUUUGAUAGAAUAAGAAAUUGUUCAUUUUUGGAUUCUGAAGUUUUCAAUAAUUUAGAAUAAAUCCAAAAUCUUGAAUGGUUUGGAAAAUAUGGAAAGAAUUUCAAGAAGGUUGGAAAAUGGGCUAUAAAUUGGAAUAGAUAAGUUCUCUAAAAUGUUGGCGGAUAUUACUCGGAAGAAGAGUAUAAGAUAGGUUUAUGGAAGGAACUAAAUAAAAACUAUUGCAGGUAAAUGUUAAUUUUAAAAUAUCAUUAGUUAUAUUCCUGUGUUUGAAGAAGGUGAAUACUAUGAUGAUAAAAAAAUAGGAAAGUGGAAAUAUUUGUAAAAAAAUGGAAAUAUGUAUUAUUUUACAGGAAUAAUUAGUGGGGGUGGAUAUUACAAAGAUGAUUUGAAAAAGAUUGGUAAGUGGAUAGAGUUGUAGGAAGAUUUUUGGAGUGAUGCGUAAGUCACUUAUUAAGGGGAAUACAAUGUAAAGGGUAUGAAGAUAGGUUUAUGGGAUAUUAAUUACUGCGAUAAAAAUUAGCAGAAUUACUAAUAAGUGUAAAUAUGACAUAAGUAAUUAAAUUUUAGUGGUGGUGGAUCAUAUAAUUAAGAGGGUUAGAAGAAGAUUGGGAAAUGGGUUGAGUUGUGGGAAAAGUUUAGAAGCGAUGCGAAAGUCAUUUAUCAUGGGGAAUAUGAUAUAAAAGGUAUGAAAACAGGUAUGUGGGAAAUAAAAUACUAUUAAAAAAACGAGCAGCAAUAUUAAUAAAUGUAAAUAUUAUAUUAUUAUAGUAAUAAUAUUUUAGUGGUGGUGGAACAUAUGAUUAGGAAGGAAUUAAAAUUGGAAAAUGGAUAGAAUUGGAUGAAGGGUUUUGGGGGAAUAAAUAAGUCACUUACAAUGGAGAAUAUAACAUAAAGGGUAUGAAGAAAGGUAGAUGGGAUAUUUUAUUUGAAGGAAGAUUGAUGUAAUUAUUUGAUAACAAUGAUAUUUUAGUGGUGGUGGAUUUUAUUCAUAAUAGGGAAUUAAGUUUGGGCGGUGGGUUGAAUUAGGUGAAGGAUUUCAUAUUUGGGCUUAAAUAAUUUAUAAUGGUGAAUAUAAUACAAAUGGAAUGAAGAUAGGUAGGUGGGCUUUUGUAUUUGAGGGAAAAUAAAUGUAAAUAUUUUUUAAUUAUUGGAAUUAAUUUUAGUGGUGGUGGAUCAUAUGAUAAGGAGGGAAUGAAGAUUGGAAGAUGGAUAGAUUUAUAUGAAGGGUUUUAUUAUUGGGCUUAAGUUACUUAUAAUGGUGAAUAUAACACAAAGGGUGUAAAGGUAGGC